AACAUAUAUUGAUUGUAUAAUUGUAAUGGAAGACCAACAUCUAAUUCCUCUAUGGUUACAAGAAUCAGUAUUUCUAGUAAUAAAAUACAUCGAUCAAUAGUUUUAGUUAAUAAAUACAAAAGGUCUUUGAAAGACCGUAUUUUACAAGAAAUAAAAAAUUUACAAAAAAGUACAAAACUACUUAUUGCAAGGGCACCAUUUGUAAGACUAGUGCGGCAAAUUUUAAAUGAAAUUUUCCCAAGUCAUAAUGUUCAAAAUUUACAAACUGGUGCAUUAGAGGCUUUACAGGAAUCUGCUGAAAUGUAUAUAGUUCAAUAUUUCGAAGAUGCUACUUUGCUUUGCUUACAUACGAAACGAAUUACAUUAAUGCAGAAAGAUAUGGAACUUUUAAGGCGAUUACGAGGACGAAAUGAUAUAAUUAAUAAAUAAUGUGAUUUCAAUAUAAUUAUAAAAUUCUUUUGAAAAUAUA